GUCAAGUCGUCUUUAAAAUUCGAAUUCUUUUAGUUCUUUCUGUCAAAAGUGUAAAACAUGGCUGAGGUCGACGAAACUUUGAAAAAGAAGCGUACCUUCAGGAAGUUUACCUUCCGAGGGGUUGAUUUAGAUCAGCUUCUAGACAUGCCCAAUGAGCAACUUAUGGAGCUUAUGCACGCUCGCGCCCGCCGGCGAUUCGCCAGGGGACUGAAGCGCAAGCCGAUGGCACUCGUUAAGAAGCUGCGUCGCGCUAAGAAGGAGGCUCCACCAAAUGAGAAGCCCGAGAUCGUCAAGACCCACCUGCGCAACAUGAUCAUCGUUCCUGAGAUGGUCGGAUCCAUUGUUGGUAUUUACAACGGCAAGACAUUCAAUCAAGUGGAAAUCAAGCCUGAGAUGAUCGGACACUACCUGGGCGAGUUCUCCGUCACAUACAAGCCCGUCAAGCACGGUCGGCCUGGUAUUGGUGCCACGCACAGUUCCAGGUUCAUUCCGCUCAAGUAAACCCUCGUUGUUUGCUUAGGUUAAGUGCAAAAAUGCUUGCUGAAGUACAAUAAAUGUAUUUUGGUGA